GCGGGGUGGCCACUGGCAGCUGAGAUUCCAAUUGAUGUGGACGUGUUAUGUCGAUUCCAACUUAAGACUUCUGGCGCUGACCGCGGCUGCCACUUGCUACAAACAUCAAGUGAGGCUCGCAGAAAGAAAGGAAACAACCUGACGAGUCGGCCAGUGAUAGCACUUCAACCCCUGGCUGAUCCUGCUUCAAGAAAAGCCGGCAUUUGCUUGUCCCAAGUCAUACCGGACGCAAAGGGGGUUCCGGAGGCCUGGACUCGACCCUUGGAAGAGAUCAUUCAACACUACGGCGAAGAUGGUUGGUGCCUCUUGGGGUCUAUGGGAGGAUGGUCCAGCAAUUGUUCGGUCAGUCGAAAGAGCCGCGAUAUCAUUCCCUAUAUCCAGCAGUAUGAAAGUGAUUUGGCGGAUCGAAUGAACCGCGACACGGCAUCACCUGUGACCCUCACAUUUUCUGACGGUCGCACUUUAAGAACUCGCGAUCAUGGAUAUCCCCUGGAUGACGUGUACUGCUUUGUAAAUGGUUGGUAUAAACCUCCAGACCAUCCAGACCGACGAGCACUCAUGAACUUCUCCUACUUGGAAGAAGUAUCAGAUAAAGCCUGCAGCCACCUUGAGAAGAUCCUGCCAGAGUACCAUUCACUAUCAGCAAGCAGCCUCUCAGAUGAGUCAACGAUAGACGAGGCCACAAUAGACGUUGCAGUGGCGACUUCUGGCCUAUUGCAUGUACCUGACAUUGUCGUGCGCGGAAUGAUGGUCCAUGCUGCGGUCAAAUGCGUGAUGAGAGGAGGUGGCCGAGGAGCAGUUUGCGAUAUCGCCAACUGUGCUGCCCGGGCAUGCCUCGACGAUGCCAACCAUGUUCUUUAUACCCAGCGUGGAGAGUGCAAAAAAAUGACGCCAUAG